AACGUCAAACUCUCUUUUCUUCCACAUAUCUUGUGAAAGAACGUAGUGUCGCCUAAAGUUCCGUGUAUAUUUUCAAUUUUCGGUGUUCGGAUCCGUAAUUUAAACACCAUGGCAGACGCGGCCGAUAACGAGGGAAUAAAGAAAAAGCGUGCGUUCCGUAAAUUCACCUAUCGCGGUGUGGAUUUGGAUCAGCUGCUCGAUAUGAAGCACGACCUGCUCAUGGAGCUCAUGCAUAGCCGUGCUAAGCGACGUUUCAAGCGCGGUCUCCGCCGUAAGCCGUUGGCCCUCAUCAAGAAACUUCGCAAGGCAAAGAAGAAUGCUCCCCCGAACGAGAAGCCUGCGAUCGUUAAGACUCAUUUGCGGAAUAUGAUCAUUGUUCCAGAAAUGGUUGGAUCCAUUGUCGGCAUUUACAACGGCAAGACGUUCAACCAGGUGGAGGUAAAGCCGGAGAUGAUCGGUCAUUAUUUGGGAGAAUUCUCGCUGACCUACAAACCCGUCAAGCACGGUAGGCCCGGUAUUGGUGCCACCCACAGCUCCCGAUUCAUUCCACUGAAGUAGGAAAAGAACGUGGGGUUGAAGUGUUUAUUUUUUAAGCGAAGGAGGAUGGAAAUACAAGAGCGGAUGUAAACAAGUCGAAA